AUGGUAUCGAGCAACACCACCAUUUGGUUCGUUGACGAAAGGUUCAAGCGAAAGACCAUUGCACCGACCCAGAAACAGAUGACUAUGGAGCUCAGACGCCGCGUCUUUUACGCCAAAGAUCGCCGGUACGUUGAAGUCAUGGGCAAUGCCUUUCCGCUGGAUCAUGACCAGUGGGAGCUCCUCCCCCAGAAGAUUCUCGGCAUGACGGCUCCUCCCAUGUGCGAACCCUUUGGGACCGGCCAUCAUAUGUGGACAUGGGCUGAGAAUUUCUUGGAGGACAAAACCGGACUCUGGUGGAGCGGCGAGUGGUUUAUCCGUACAAUUCAGCACUAUAUCAAAACCAGGGCUAAAGCUUGUGUCAAAGCUGGUGCCAAAGCCCCUUAUGUCGAAGGCCUGGAUGUUCGUGACGACACUAAUAUCAACGAGACUGUUGGUUCCGAGCGAGUUUUUAUAGGGACAGAAGGCAAACGCUUUGGAAUCCUGGCCUGCGAAUUCUUCUGA